AUGAUGAAGGGCACCAUCUUCUUCACCACCGCCUUGGCUUCGAUGCCUUGGCUCCUGGCGCUCGCACCAGCUUGCAUGGCUCAACCCGUCGAUGCAUCAUCAUCGGCCAACGUUGUCGAGCCGACUAGUCCGCCAGCCAACUCUACCGCUCCGGCGCCCACGCUACUGUCAUGGAUUGAACAGCCUUCUGACGUUGAGCUGGAGAAGAAUGGAUGUUAUGACAUGGCCAACGAGGAGACAUGUGGCACGCUGUUCUACUGCCUCUCUUACGAUGCCACAUUGGAGAUGCCGAAUGAUAAGAAAUACACAGACGACAAGGCAUGCUUCGACGCGCAUGAAGAAUAUCCGCAGCAUAAGGCUAUGCCAGCCAAUGCCUGA